GUACGCUCUGACAGAGAAAGGACCUUCAGGAAGCAUCAGAAAACCAAGAGUAACGUGGAGUGGUAUUAAGCUGGACUGUGAUUUGGAUAAAGUGCUGUUUUGGGUUUCUUUUCCUCGGAGCUUUAGUAUGAGCUGUCAGAUCACUUGCGUAGCUUGGGUGAAGAGAGGAGUCGCUAAGGAGACUCCUGAAAAGGUGGAGCUGAGUAAAGAAGAACUGCAGCACCUAGUAACGGAGACAAGGGAGCAACAUUUAGUGGAGGCUGAAGAUGAUGAUGGCUUGCCAGGAGAAGAAGAAGGAAAUCAAGAGAGCAGCAGGACGCAUGCCCCAGAAUGUGAUGAUUUGGAUGGUGCAGAAACGAAUGAAGAUCAGGACGACAGCGAGAGACUGGAUGGUGCUGAACUGGCUGAGUAUGGACUGGAUCGCUAUGAUGAGGAUACAGCUACUGUAAACUAUGGGGACACGCUGGCUGGCCUUGCUGUCUAUGGUACAAAUGAAGAAGAUCCAUACAUCACCAUUAAGGAUACUGAUCAGUAUGACCGUGAAGAUUUCUUAAUUAAACCAUCGGACAACCUGGUUGUUGCUGGAAGGGUAGAGAAGGACUGCUGCAGCUUGGAGAUGCACAUUUAUAAUCAGGAAGAAGAAUCAUUUUAUGUACAUCAUGAUGUUGUCCUCCCUGCUUACCCACUGUGUUUGGAGUGGCUGAACUUUGACCCAAAUCCAGAAGAGGGCCCAGGAAAUUACAUUGCUGUUGGUAACAUGACCACUGUAAUUGAUGUGUGGGACCUGGAUGUGGUUGAUUGCUUGGAGCCAGUAUUUAGUCUUGGGGGCAAAGCGACAAAGAAGAAGAAAAAGAAAAAAAAGGCAAAAAAGAAUACCACCGCUGAGGAAGGAGAAGGGCAUUCUGAUGCUGUGUUGGACCUUUCAUGGAAUAAACAUGUCAGGAACGUUUUAGCAAGUGCUUCAGCAGACAACACUGUUAUUCUGUGGGAUAUGACUCAAUGUAAAGCAGUAUCCACUCUCAGUCUUCACACAGAUAAGGUGCAAACUUUACAGUUUCAUCCAUUUGAGGCCCAAACUCUGCUUUCUGGAUCAUAUGACAAGUCAUCAAUAUUGUAUGACUGCCGCACACCACAGGAGACUCAUAGAUCCUGGCGAUUUAGUGGGCAAGUUGAAAGGCUGACAUGGAAUCACUUUGCCCCUUUCUAUUUUUUGGCCAGCACAGAUGAUGGCUUUGUCUACUGUUUAGAUGCUCGAGCUGAUAAGCCCGUUUUCACACUGAAGGCGCAUGAUGCAGAAGUGUCUGGUCUAGAACUGAGCAGCCAAGUCAAAGGGUGUUUAGUGACGGCAUCAGAAGAUAAAUUUGUAAAGAUCUGGGACAUCUUGGGGAACAAGCCCAGUUUGAUUCACUCCAGAGACAUGAAGAUGAGUGUUCUCUUCUGUGCCUCGUGUUGUCCAGACUUGCCUUUUGUAUAUGCUUUUGGAGGCCAGACAGGAGGAGUGCGAAUAUGGGACAUUAGUGAUGUUGCUGCAGUUGCAACAACAUUUGGGAACCGGGAGAGGCUAGCAGCUGCAACAACUUCUCAGCCUGUAGCAAACAGCAGCAGUGUUACCACAGACACUCCUAUGGAAUCUUGAGCUAGUGACUGUGAGACAUCAGUACAUCUAGACGAGUACAUGGCUGAAAUCUGUACAGAGCCUGCUGCAGCAAGUGUAUCAUGAAGAAGCCCUAAGAAAGAUGGUCAACAAGCUGAUAAUCACUGUUCUGGAUUUUCGCUCUACUGUUGUCUCUUCAGAAAGUGCCAAGUCUUUACAGUCAUUGUUUAAUAAGUACUCCAGAGCCUGCACUCUCAUUCUUCCAGUAUGCAUUUCCUUCGUGUGAUGAAAAUAUAUCUGGUGAACUGAUGUGACACACUCGUCCUUUUAUUGCCAGUUUUGUGGAGUGCGGGAUUGAAGUUUGUACACAGUUCAUUGUAAGAUCAAUCUCAAGCAUACUUGAUGUUAGGACUGACAGUUUUGUCAUACACAAGUCAUCCUCUUUAUUUCCACCAAAAAAAAAAAAAAAAAAUCAGAAUGUGCACAUAUUCACUGGUUUAAAAAUAUCAAGUGGAUAUCCAUUAUUAUCCAGAAAAGAGUCACAACUUAAGCUGAGAAAUUGUCUUCCAUAAGCCAUAUAUGUAAAAAUAAAAUAUUUUCCAUAAGUGA